AUGCAACACCCCAUCCCCUUUCGCCAGCUCCAGCUCCAGCUCCGUCGCAAACCAUCAUCCCCCUCGCGGCCGGCAACGAUCUCACCGCAUCCCUCGUUAAUCGGGUACCUGACGACAUCAUCACCCGUUGUUCAGGCUACGCAUAUCGAACCCCGGGCGCAGCCGCUCUCACCGAUCAAAUCAGCUGAUCUGCAAACAUUGACACAGACGCAAUCCGCACCUGUCGACGUGCCCGCAAUAAUCGAGCCUCCCGGUGUCUAUCAACCUGCCACUCCCAACAACAAGCGAUUGCCAGUUUCUAGCAGAGUCGCGCACAUAUUUCCAACCCGGCCCGAAGCGCCCUCCCCAACCAUUGUCAGCACUCCACCGACUCCCGACUCUCCAUCACACAAGAGGUCGACCUCGACCACCCCUGUCAGUCCGAGUGCUGAUGGCCCCAAUUCUCCGCGAUCUGAAGCUCACAAGAGGAGCACAUCGGCUUCUGCGGCAGUAGGACCUAGCAAGCUCUCCAGCAUUUCGGCAUCGCCUUUAUCGCCAACGGCAGAAGACGGUGGACCUGACCCUGGUAGUGCUACUGGUACCGGUUUUUUCUCGUCCAUGUUCUCGGCUGCCCAAAGCGCAGCAACGAAUUUGAGCACAAACAUACAGAAUUCUGGACUCGGAAUUGUUAGCAACAAACCGCGGCCGGCCCCGGGAAAGCAGCAACAAACCCCGGAAACUCCAGAUCCUUCCAGGCAAGAUCCUGAGCCGGUAACAGCACUAUCACCUAAAAUGGACCAGAGAGAUUCCACGUUGCGAACGAUUGGGACGGGUGAUCUCAGCCUGAGCCAGCUCGGCAUUGACGAAACGUCCAGCCCGAUUGGCUCACCUUCCACGGCCAAGUUUGCUGAUGCAGACACACGAGCUCGUUCUGAAUCUGCGCCAGUAGACACCCAGCUAAGUGGCGAGGAAACGCUGAACGAAGAGCCCUCCAGUCGGCCACGGUCAUUUAGUGAGGCACAGGAUGGGGAAGCCAGCCCGAUCGUGGCUGAUUUUGACGACAAGGGCCUUGGCCGCAGUGCCAGCGUCCGAACAGCGAGCCAAGCAUAUCAUAGAAGGGGAAACUCGAACGGGAUAGGUGGCAGCACUGUGACCCUCGGCGCGCCACCCCCAGGGAAUGGCCUUCCUACUUCCAACUCGAAUUUUAGUACACCCAAGCUCACUGGAUUCGCGAUUGCGAGCAAGAAGCGGAAUCGCGAUUUCCAUGCGAUAUUCAAAAGCGUCCCCGAUAACGAUUACCUGAUUGAGGAUUACAGCUGCGCUUUGCAGAGAGAGAUCCUUGCUCACGGUCGUCUCUACGUCUCGGAGGGCCAUCUCUGCUUCAGCAGUAACAUUCUUGGCUGGACAACUACUUUGGUGAUGAGCUUUGACGAAAUUGUAUCCAUGGAGAAGAGAAGUACGGCCCUCCUUUUCAAAAAUGGUCUUAUGAUUUCUACAUUGCACUCGAAACAUGUAUUUGCAAGUUUCACCAGCCGAGAUGCGACAUAUGAUCUAAUUGUGAAUAUCUGGAAAUUGGGCCAUCCCACUUUGACCAGCACACUAAACGGGGUUCGCUUGGAGGGAACAGGAGGCGACAAGACCGAGAAGGAAGACUCUGUAAAACCAUCGCAGUUGGAGACUGAACCCCAAGAAGAGUCGGAUAGCGAGGAGAGCAGUGAUGACGAAGGUGACGAAUUUUAUGAUGAAGAGGAGCAUGAAGAAGCUCCUGUCAAUGCUCCAGUAGAACCCAGCGGUGAAGGGGAGGUCGAGAGGGCGGUGACAAGGAAAGCAUCGGGGAUGACAACAGGAACUGUUGUCACCACUGCGCCACAAGGCAAGGACGGUGCUUCUCCAAACGGACCUGCCGAUUUCCCCGGUCCACUGACGCAUGCCCCUACAGAGUGUGGUGAUGCUGGGACUCACUACGAUAGGGUGGUCGGCGAUGAUGUGAUCCAGGCUCCUCUGGGCCAGGUUUAUGGCAUCAUAUUCGGCCAAGCAUCAGCUACGUGGAUGGUCAAGUUCUUGACCGAAAAUCAGAAAGGAACCGAGCUCCAAUUUGAGGAUAAGAAAGGUCUCAGCCUUGAUAACAAGAGCCGGACAUAUACAUUCAUCAAGCCACUAUAUGGUUCUAUAGGGCCGAGGCAAACCCGGUGUACGAUUACAGAAACAGUGGACAACCUUGAUUACGACAAGGCAGUCAACCUCAGCGUUUCAACGCAAACCCCUGAUGUCCCAAGCGGCAACGUCUUCGCGGUCAAGACCAAGUAUUGUCUUUCUUGGGCAGAGAAUAACGCAACCCGUGUGCAGAUCAAUUGCACAAUCGAAUGGAGCGGCAAGAGUCCGAUUGAGAAAGGAGCCAAUGACGGACAAACACAGUACUGCAAAGAGCUGUUUGCUGCCAUCAGGUCCACCAUUUCAUCUAGAGGACGGUCAGGAACGGGCUCGAAUGGAGCGACAGCCAAGCCGAAGAAGAAGAGCAAGAAGAAUAAGAUCAACCAACUUGCUUCCGAAUCUGCCGAAAAGGGAAGCGUCCCUCAACCCGACACCAAGCAAAGCUGGGGUGCACUCGAGCCUAUCCGGGUGGUGGCGGAGCCGCUCUCAGAUAUCAUCAAACCCCUUCUCACAGGAAAUGUCAUGUAUGGUCUCUUGGUCGGCUUGUUGGUGUCAAGUUGGUUUGGGUUUGGCUUGACACCCGGGAGGAACCAUCCUGGUAAUGGCAUCGGUUUGGACGGGCCCGACCGUCUGAUUGCGUACGAGGAGAUCUGGAGGCGAGAGGACAGCGAGCUUUGGGAUUGGUUAGAGGAACGAGUUGGACUGGAGCGAUUGCAUGAUGCGGGAGGCAAUCCUCGUAAGAGGGCAACGCAACCGCGGGUGUUUGAGCAGAAGAUGAGGGCGGAUCGGAUGGACGCCAGAGAAGUCGAAGAGGCGAUGAGGGUGACUGAGGAGAAACUACGGAUCCUGCAAGAGGCGGUGGAUAGGGCGAACCAGGCCCCUAUCAAGAGCAGCUGA